AUGUUAGCGGUGGGGGCGAUGGAGGGCCCCCGGCAGAGCGCGUUCCUGCUCAGCAGCCCUCCGCUGGCCGCCCUGCACAGCAUGGCCGAGAUGAAGACCCCGCUGUACCCCGCCGCCUACCCGCCGCUGCCCGCCGGCCCCCCGUCCUCGUCGUCCUCGUCGUCCUCGUCCUCGUCGCCCUCCCCGCCGCUGGGGGUCCACAACCCGGGCAGCCUGAAGGCCCCGGCGGCGGGGGGCCUCUCGGCCCUGGGCAGCCCCCCGCCGCAGCUGUCGGCCGCCACCCCGCACGGCAUCAACGACAUCCUGAGCCGGCCCUCCAUGCCGGUGGCCUCGGGGGCUGCCCUCCCCUCCGCCUCGCCCUCGGGGGGCUCGUCGUCGUCCUCGUCCUCGUCCUCGUCGUCGUCCGCCUCCGCCACCUCGGCCUCCGCCGCCGCCGCGGCCGCCGCGGCCGCCGCCGCCGCCGCCGCCGCCGCCUCGUCGCCCGCCGGGCUGCUGGCCGGCCUGCCCCGCUUCGGCAGCCUGAGCCCGCCGCCGCCGCCGCCCGGGCUCUACUUCAGCCCCAGCGCCGCGGCCGUGGCCGCCGUGGGCCGCUACCCCAAGCCCCUGGCCGAGCUGCCCGGCCGGACGCCCAUCUUCUGGCCCGGGGUGAUGCAGAGCCCGCCCUGGAGGGACGCGCGCCUGGCCUGUACCCCCCAUCAAGGAUCCAUUCUGUUGGACAAAGAUGGGAAGAGAAAACACACCAGACCGACCUUCUCCGGCCAGCAGAUCUUCGCCCUGGAGAAGACUUUCGAGCAAACCAAGUACUUGGCGGGACCCGAGAGAGCGCGCUUGGCCUAUUCUUUGGGGAUGACGGAGAGUCAGGUCAAGGUCUGGUUCCAGAACCGCCGGACCAAAUGGAGGAAGAAGCACGCGGCCGAGAUGGCCACGGCCAAGAAGAAGCAGGACUCGGAGACCGAGCGGCUCAAGGGGGCCUCGGAGAACGAGGAGGAGGACGACGACUACAACAAGCCGCUGGACCCCAACUCGGACGACGAGAAGAUCACCCAGCUGCUGAAAAAGCACAAGUCGAGCGGCGGCGGCGGCCUCCUGCUGCACGCGGCGGAGGCCGAGGGCUCGUCCUGAGCGCGCCGCGCCCCGCGGGGACCCCGGCCCCCGCCCCGGGCCCCGCCGC